AUGACAGGCUAUGGAAACAAGGCGCUCCUCCUCUGCGUGAUGCUCGUCAUCACCCACGGAGCCAUUCACGGGCCAUCGAUGGAAGAGGCCAUCAAGACGUUGAAAGAGGGCACCAAGUCGACGUCUGGAAAAAUGCGUGGCAAUCCGCGCUUCUGUGGGGCCAUGCUUCCGCGCAAAAUCGCGCAGCUCUGCGGAGUUCGCGAGUGCGAAAACAUGACCGGUACGUUCGGAAUUCAUGAAAACGUUAUAAUCCUUAAACUUUAUUGUUUCAGGCCUAGACGUCACGCUCAUGUGCGCCGUGGGAACAUCGCUCGAGGCAUUGAAGGAGAAAUGCUGCCCAUGA